AUGUCUUCCAAUGGUACUUAUCUUUUCUGGAUAUCUGUCACUCACUUCGUCCCAAAACUAGGUUUUGUGCUCACCACAUUUUUUGGCUCUGUUCUCCUUUUUCUCAAUUUUUUUGGAGCACAAAAAAAUUUUGGAAGUUAUAAAUACCUUAUCAGUGCGUUCACUCUACUUGGCAUGGUUUUUGCCACAGUGGAGAUUAUGGUUUAUCCGAACGUUCAUAACUACAAAGCUGGCUUAUUAUUCUUCAGUUUUGAGGAGUCUUGGGGUUUACAUGGACCAUAUUCCAGGAAUUUUCCAUUGGCCGGCUACACAUUUUUCCAUUCAGCAACUAUGGCAUUGUUAUCAGUGCAUUUCAUAUACAGGUAUUGGGCGGUUUUUGACACCAACAAACUCUCCUAUUUCAAAGGUCCCCAAUGCCUUAUCUGGUUUGCCUAUUGCACAUUUUUUGGACUACAGUACGCCCUGGGAACUUAUUUCACACUACAAAGAGAUUCAAUUUCUGACGAAUACCUCCGAGAAGACGUCCUUCUUCGUUAUAACGUAAAUUUGACUGAAAUUCCAGCCAUGACGAUUUUAGCCUACGAUCCGACGGAUGGAUCGAUUCGGUGGAGGAACAUUUUUGGAAUUUUAAAUAUUUGUGCAAUUUGCAAUUUUCAAUACGGAAUUAUGAUUUAUUGCGGAUGGGCGAUGCAUGCAAAAAUGGAGGAUAAGAUUAAGAACUUUUCGGAGACUUUGAGAAAACAUCAUAAGCAAUUUUUUAAGACCCUAGUCUUGCAGAUCACCGCCCCUACCAUAAUCCUAUUCAUUCCAAUUACAAUUAUAAUUUUUCUUCCAUUAUUCAAUUUAGAUGUUAUCAGUGUUCCAUCUGGAGUUAUGCUUUGCAGUUUCACAUUAUAUCCAGCUUCAGACUCUUUGAUUGUCAUGUACGUCGUCUCGGAGUAUAGAAAUACUGCUAAACGUCUAAUCAGAAAAGGCCUCAAAAUCCAGAAUUCUCAACAAACGUCUUCAAAAGUUUACGCCACUACGGUGAAUCCAACUUCCACUGCUCCUUUAAAUGGAUGA